CAAGCUCCCUUCCAUCCCAGCUCUAGAAACCAAACAGAAAAUGGCGACUGAGAAGAAGCAAAAUCCUGAAACCAAAAAACGGAAAAGUAACAAAGCUCCGGCACCGGCGAAAUCAAACGGAAAACACAAAAUCAACUCACUGGAAAAACAACAAGGAAUUCCGAUCAUCACUGCUUCCAGUUCUCACAUUCAAACUAACGGAACAAAAUCAAAAUCAAAAUCGAAAUCGAAAUCGUCUGAGAAGCAAAACGAUGUCGUUUACGCUAACGGAACCGAAAAUGGGUCGGUUAAAGAAAAUAAGAAGAAAAGUAUAGAGAAAGUGAAAGAAAGUAGUAACAGUAACAGUAAUAAUGAUAAUAUAAGUAUAAUGUAUCAGAUACCGAUGAAUAGAGUGAGUAGAAUAGUCAAGAGUGAAGAUCCGAAUAUUCGUAUUACUCAAGAUGCCGUUUUCGCUAUCAAUAAAGCUUCGGAAAAGUUUCUCCAGCUUCUCACGACAGAAGCAUAUGCUAGUGCUUUUCUGGAUCGCAAGAAGAACAUUGAUUACAAACACCUUUCAUCGGUUGUUAGUAAGCGAAGGAGAUUGGACUUCCUUUCAGAUUUUGUUCCAGAAAAAGUGAAAGCAGAGGAUGCGUUGAAAGAGUCAUCACCAGCAGUCGAGACUUGAAAGGGUUCCUAAGAUUAACCCACAUAUUUCCUUUUUGGCAUGUCGAGUGUUGCUCAUCAGUAGAUAUCACCCUAGUAGUAGCGUUUUGUAACAUUCGCUUACAACAAUAACGAUCCUAAUUGUAAAAUCAAUGUGCAUUUUUGGUGUUUUCGCGACUUGAUUCAUUCAAGAAUUUGUCUUGAACUUUACUUUGUAAUUCAAGAAUUUGUCUUGAACUUUACUUUGCUGCGACUUGACGAGAAUGUUAACGGCAAAACCAAAUAAUAUGCAGUGGUAAGAUUUUAGGGUGGAUUGUAUUCAAAACCUGUAUCUUUUUAUAUUUUAAUUACCAUUAACUUUAACAAA